CAGAGGCAGCAGAUGUCCAACAGCAGCUCCAUCAGCCAGUUCCUGCUCCUGCCCUUUGCAGACAGGCGGGAGCUGCAGUUCCUGCACUUCGGGCUCUUCCUGGGCAUCUCCCUGGCUGCCCUCCUGGCCAACGGCCUCAUCAUUAGUGCCAUAGCCUGCGACCACCGCCUCCACACCCCCAUGUACUUCUUCCUCCUCAACCUCUCAGUCCUUGACCUGGGCUCCAUCUCCACCACUGUCCCAAAAUCCAUGGCAAAUUCCCUCUGGGGCACCAGAACCAUCUCCCACACAGGGUGUGCUGCCCAAGUCUUUUUCUUUGUUUUUUUGAUCACGGCAGAGUAUUGUCUCCUCACUGUCAUGUGCUACGACCGCUACGUUGCCAUCUGCAAGCCCCUGCACUACGGGACUCUCCUGGGCAGCAGAGCUUGUGUCCACAUGGCAGCAGCUGCCUGGGGCUCUGGGUUUCUUAAUUCUCUCCUGCACACAGCCAAUACAUUUUCACUGCCCCUCUGCCAGGGCAAUGCUGUGGGACAGUUCUUCUGUGAAAUCCCACAGAUCCUCAAGCUCUCCUGCUCAGACUCUUACCUCAGGGAAGUUGGGCUGAUUGUCGUUAGUGCUUAUUUAAUUUUGCUGUGUUUUGUGUUCAUUGUGGUGUCCUAUGUGCAGAUCUUCAGGACCGUGCUGAGAAUGCCAUCUGAGCAGGGACGGCACAAAGCCUUUUCCACGUGCCUCCCUCACCUGGCUGUGGUCUCCCUGUUUGUCAGCACUGGCAUAUUUUCCAAUCUGAAGCCCCCCUCCAUGUCUUUCCCAUCCCUGGAUCUAGCUUUGUCAUUCCUAUAUGUGGUGGUUCCUCCAGCAGUGAAUCCUCUCAUCUAUAGCAUCAGGAACAAGGAACUCAUGGACUCCCUGAGGAAAAUGGUAUCUGGAGUUUUUCAGAGAAAAUAG